AUGGCAACUAGAAACAAUACAACAACUCUACAACAAGAACAAACAAAAGAUAAACAAUAUCCUCCAAGAACAAGAAAUGUCCUUUCUGUUCAAUCCCAUGUGGUGCAUGGCUAUGUAGGGAAUAAAGCGGCCACUUUCCCACUUCAAUUCCGUGGCUGGAAUGUUGACACUGUUAAUACUGUUGAAUAUUCUAAUCAUCCAGGUUACGGUUCAUUUGCAGGCUAUAAAUCAAGUUCCGAUACAAUCACGACUAUUAUUGAAAAGGGGUUACUAAGCGGUUUAGAAAUUGCCUAUGAUUCCAUAUUAAUUGGCUAUAUGUCGAACAUUGAGACUCUCACUAAAGUAAGCACUAUUAUUGGCAGCUAUUGUAAAAAAAAUAAAAACGUUAGAUGGAUAAUCGACCCUGUAUUAGGAGAUGAAGGUAAACUCUACGUUCCGAGCGAAACUGUUAAUGAAUAUAAGAAUAUCUUGAAGCAUAAUAAUAUUUUUUUAACUACACCAAACCAAUUUGAAAUGGAAUUACUCACUGGAGUUCAAAUAGAUUCAUUAGAAACAUUACGCCUAAGUUUUAAAAAAUUUCAUGAGCUAUAUCCAAACGUGAAAAAUAUUGUCAUUACAAGUAUUGAAAUUUCAGAAACAAAAGAAACGGGCACUAUGUUAUCUGCAUGCUCUAUCACAGAAGAAAUUGAAACUAUUAAUUGCUUUACUGUGCCAAAAAUAAACGCUAAAUUUAACGGGAGCGGUGAUCUGUUCACUGCUUUGCUAAUGGAUUCAUUAAUACCAAAUGGAAUAAACGAUACUAGCGUACCAAACUUAGCUGCUUCUCUUUCAAAAGUUUUAUAUUUAAUGGAUAAAAUACUACGGAAAACUUACCAAUUAUCAGUUCCAUCAGAGACUAGCAUGCAAAUGGAACAUAAUAUUAUAAAUAUUAAAGAUUUGAAACUAAUUGAAUCAAGAGAUAUUUUGGCAUUGGGCAAUAUCGACGAUCAUCUACCAAAAUCUUAUUUGAUUUAG